AUGAUUCCGACACAUGUGACAUUCUUCAGAAGUUACACCUUUGCUGCACCCUCUGCCUCUAAAAUUCUCCUGAAAGCCAUGUCCAGCGCUCCGAGCUUCUUCGAGGAACGAGUCGCUCUCGUAGUCGGAGGCGGCGGGGGAAUCGGCAGAUGUGUGUGUCUCGCUUUCGCCAAGGAAGGCUGCCGAGUCAUCGUGGCUGGAAGGAACUUGGACAGAGUUGCGGACGUUGCCAAGUCCCUGCCGGCAGGCGGCGGAACCCCUGCAGCUGUCAUCUCGGACGCUGCUUCACUUGGCGUCUGCCGUGUAGCCGUCAAACUUCCGCCGUUUUGGGCGGACUCGCCUGAGGUAUGGUUCGCACAAGUCGAGGCGCAGUUCUCCCUGGCGCGCAUCACCGAAGACCGAACGCGCUACGAUUACGUCGUCGCCCACUUGGACAGCCGCUACGCCAACGAGAUACGGGAUAUCCUCGACAAUCCACCAGCGGCCAACCUUUAUCAACAUCUCAAAACUGAAUUCACCCGCCGCCUGUCACUAUCGGAAGACCAGAAAGUCCGUCAACUUAUUCAGUCCGCAGAACUCGCCGAGCGCAAACCAUCACAGCUCCUCCGCCACAUGCGUGCUUUCGUAGGCAACACGCAAGUCCACGAUUUUUUUCUGCGGACACUAUGGCUCCAAUGACUACCACCACACGUCCAGGCCAUUCUACAGGCUCAACCUACGCUACCUCUAGACCAACUUGCCGAAAUUGCUGACCACGUCAUUGAGGUCUCUGUACCGCCGCUGUCGCCCACCGUCCACGCCGUCGAAGCACCGCUGGACACCACAGAGCUCGCGCACCGAAUCGACGAUAUCACGCGGCAAGCCGUGACCGUAACACCGGCCCGUCACAGCAGCCUCGUGACAGUAGCCGAUGCUACUACCAUCGGCGCUUCGGGGACAGAGCCCGACAAUGCCGACCACCCUGUUUCUUCGGACAUCAGGGAAACGCCAACGGCAGCUUGUAGACGCGGCUACAAGCUGCCAACCCGCAGGCCGCCGCAUCUUCGUCACCGAUCAAAUCACAAAGCAGCGGUUCCUUCUCAACUGUGCCUCUGACACUUGCUGCUAUCCUCGUACCCAUCUUCAAGGUUCCCAUCCACCUACGUCUUUCGCGCUCAUGCUCAGCGCAACAAACCGGUCCACCAUCAAGACCUACGGCUCGCUCCGUCUGCACGUCCAACUAAAAAACCUACACCGUGA